AUGGCAGAGAUCCUAGAAGGUAUUCCCCUCUCCAUAAAUCAGGAGAUGAACACCAACUUAACUAAACUAGUUGAGGAAGAUGAAAUCAGGGUAGCCCUUUUUUCCAUGCAGCCUGAAAAAGCUCCAGGCCAGGAUGGCUUAUCCCCUUUAUUUUUCCAAAGCUGCCUGAGGACAGUAUCAUACUCUUUCAAUUGCAAUGGAGAAACUAAAGGUUUUGUUACACCAGAGAGGGGGGUAAGACAGGGAGAUCUACUGUCGCCUUAUUUGUUCCUAAUCUGCUCAGAGGGGUUUUCCAAUUUGCUGAGGAAAGCUGAAGAGAGGAAGGACAUAACAGGCUUGAGGAUUAGCAGACAGGGACCUAUCAUUUCACAUCUUUUCUUUGCAGACGACUCACUUAUUUUCUGUAAAGCUAACAUGAAGCAGGCCUCAGAAAUCAUGAAGAUCCUCAAGAUAUAUGAAGAGACCUCAGGACAGUUGAUUAACCUUGAUAAGUCGUCUGUCUUUUUUAGCAAGAAUAUGUCCAUGGAGCAAAGGAAAGAUGUAUGUAACUCAAUGGGAGGGAUGGCAGAAAUAAAACAAGAAAAGUACCUAGGACUGCCUAUGGUCAUCUUUAGGUCAAAGGACCAGAUUUUUGGUUUCAUUAAGGAAAACAUUAAAAGAAAGCUGCAGGAUUAG